UCAUUUAAAGAUGGCGGAGUGCCUGGCUGAACGUCUGGCCGCUCAGGAGGAGCAGAUUCGGCUCCUAAGCAGGGAAAUUUCCGGCCUUCGGGACGGACUGAGCGGGAAUCUUACCGCCGCGAGCGAGGCAGCCAUAAGCCCGGAGCUCGAAAGCCUGCGGGCGGAGAACGAGAAGCUCAGGUACCGGCUGCUGCACCUCCGACGGGGUCUGCAGGCGGAGCUGGUGCAGGAGAAGGAGGCGCAGGGACGUACAGAGCUCCCCGUUAGAGCGGGCAAACCUCCGGAGAAGAACACCACCAAACAGCGGCAGAUAAACAACCGAGCGGAGAACAGGGCGUCAACCCCAGACACAAAAGAAGCCGACAGGAACAAGAAGGAGAGAAAAGAGAAGGGGCAAACAUCACAUGGAGGCUUGAAGGAGCUGAAUCCCUGGCCUGGAUAUAUUGCUGAGCGCCUCAGUCUGUAUGAAAAGCUGAAGGAGGAGAGCGAUGCCCUGCUGGCAAAGAGAGCUUCAAACAGCAAACCCAUCACCGUGGCGCUGCCAGAUGGACGGAAAGUACCGGGCAAGUCUUGGGUUACCACACCGUAUCAGGUGGCUUCUAGCAUAAGCCAGAGUCUGGCUGACACUGCGGUGAUUUCUCAAGUGGACGGGGAGCUCUGGGAUCUGGACAGACCUCUUGAGCAGGACUGCUCUCUUCAGAUCCUGCACUUUGACCACGAAGAUGCUCAAGCCGUGUACUGGCACUCCAGUGCUCACAUCCUGGGGGAAGCGAUGGAGCGCUUUUAUGGAGGCUGUUUGUGUUACGGCCCCCCCAUAGAGGACGGCUUCUACUACGACAUGUUCCUGGAUGAACAGAAGUCCGUGUCCAGCAUGGAGUUUGGAGACCUGGAGACUCUGUGCAAGGCUGUGGUGAAGGAGAAGCAGCCCUUCGAGAGGCUGGAGAUCACCAAGCAGACCCUGCUGGAGAUGUUUAAGUACAACAAGUUUAAGUGCCGCAUUCUGAAUGAAAAAGUUACGACUCCUACUACCACUGUCUACAGAUGUGGGCCUUUGAUCGAUCUGUGCAGAGGUCCUCAUGUCAGACACACGGGUAAAAUCAAGGCCAUGAAGAUUUAUAAGAACUCCUCCACGUACUGGGAGGGCCGCUCCGACAUGGAGACACUGCAGAGGAUCUAUGGGAUUUCCUUCCCAGACUCAAAGAUGCUGAAGGAGUGGGAACGUUUUCAGGAGGAGGCUAAGAGCAGAGACCAUCGCAAGAUCGGCAAAGAUCAGGAGCUGUUCUUCUUCCACGAUCUCAGCCCCGGCAGCUGCUUUUUCAUGCCGCGUGGAGCCUACAUCUACAACACGCUCACAGAGUUCAUCAGGGAUGAGUACUGGAGAAGAGGCUUUCAGGAAGUAGCCUCCCCCAACAUCUAUAACAGCAAGCUGUGGGAGACAUCUGGUCACUGGCAGCACUACAGUGAAAACAUGUUCUCCUUCCCCGUGGAAGAAGACGUCUUUGCUCUGAAGCCCAUGAACUGCCCCGGCCACUGCCUGAUGUUCAGCCACAGGCCUCGCUCGUGGCGGGAGCUCCCUCUGAGGCUGGCUGACUUCGGGGUCCUCCACAGGAACGAGCUGUCGGGCACCUUAACGGGGCUGACCAGAGUGCGCCGCUUCCAGCAGGAUGACGCUCAUGUUUUCUGCACGAUGGAUCAGAUUGAGACGGAGAUGAAGGGUUGCCUGGACUUCCUCCGCUGCGUUUACGACGUGUUCGGAUUCUCCUUCCAGCUUCAUCUCUCGACUCGUCCGGAGAAGUUUCUGGGUGACGUCGCUGUGUGGAACCAGGCUGAGAAGCAACUUGAAAACAGCCUGAAUGAGUUUGGGGAGCCAUGGAAACUCAACCCUGGAGACGGGGCGUUUUAUGGUCCCAAGAUUGACAUUAAGAUCAAAGAUGCAAUUGGACGUUACCACCAGUGUGCAACCAUUCAGCUCGACUUCCAGCUGCCUAUUCGCUUCAACCUGACCUUUGUGGGAAAGGACGGUGAUGACAAAGCCCGACCCGUCAUCAUCCAUCGUGCCAUCUUGGGCUCAGUGGAAAGGAUGAUUGCAAUUCUCACAGAAAACUAUGCAGGGAAAUGGCCUCUCUGGCUCUCUCCUCGUCAGGUGAUGCUGGUGCCUGUCAACCCCUCCUGUGAGGAUUACGCCAAGAAGGUGUGUAAGCAGUUCACAGAGGCUGGAUUCAUGGCAGACGCUGACCUGGACUCUGGCUGUCUUCUAAAUAAGAAGAUCCGAAAUGCUCAGUUGGCUCAGUAUAACUUCAUUCUUGUUGUCGGAGAGAAGGAGAAGAUGACUAACAGCGUCAACGUGCGCACGAGGGACAACAAGGUCCACGGAGAGCUGUCGGUGUCCGAGGUGAAGGCUCGCCUGACCCUGCUCAAACAGUCCCGCUGUCGAAACGCAGAGGAGGAGUUCUGAUGAAGACGGCAAACAAGGCAGAGCAUUUGAUUACCUCAACCUUCGCAGAACAAGGAGCAG